AUGAUGCCGCCCAAGUUUCAGCUUCUGGCGCUAUUGGCAUUUGCAGUGGCCAUGUUCUUUUUGGAGAACCAAAUCCAGAAGCUGGAGGAGUCUCGGGGGAAGCUAGGUAAGACUGCAUUCUAACUGUCCAUAUUCAUCAUGCUGCUCGCAGCAGGUAAUAAAACAAGGAAAAUGAGUCUUUCAUCCAAUAGGGGUUGAAUCAUUGCUAAGCGUCUUGUCAGCAUGGUUGCCAAUUUGGGGUUAUCUUGAGACAACAACAUUCUGUCUCCGUGUGAAGUGACAAACUGGCAUUUUCAGGGCAAACCCAGGAGCAUAUAUAUACUGACCCAAUUUACAGUCAAGUUGUGUUUUUGCUUGUUUACACUAAGCUGCACUGAGGUCGGAACGCAGUCAUGGUUACAUUUAGCCCAAAAUUGGACUAAAGGUGCCUAAGGUUGCUCCUUAGUCCAAGGACCAUACAUAGUCUGUUUAAAGGGCGAAUUGGCUCUGGAAGCCAAAACAGCCAAAUACUCCAUCUAAACGUGAAUCAAUUCUCAAUUGCUGUACGGUUCUAGAAACAUAAAACCCUCUACUUUAAUAUCGCAUCAAAAUCAUGGCAGCACUGUCUGCAGACGUGCUGGAUCAAGCUCAGGCUGAACUCCCCCAGCAGGUUACAGGAGCUGCACAGGAGGUUGCUGGAAAACCCCAGCUCCCUGCAUGACUGAGGACAGAUCGGCUCCAUACGCUGAGCAGGAGAUAAUGGAGAGACAUUGGAUUGGUUGUCACUUAUUUGUAAGUGCAUUUCUGUUUUUUUCCAUGGCUUGCCAUGAUUGACUUUUUGCUUUGUCACCUGUCACUUCGGUCUUUAUCAUCAAUCAGGACUCUCGUUAAUCAGGUAGAGCGCACGCAGUUGCGUAAAUGUUUGCGUUAAAGUGCAAUAUGUACGUUUGAGAUUUCUUGCAAUGGAAUAUCCGUUUUACCAUUUACAUUUACAUUUUAGUCAUUUAGCAGACGCUCUGUAGUUAGCUGGUUAACGAAUCAACUUGACAAACUUUGUCGUAAACCAGUGCGAGUUUGAUAAGCCACGUCAUGCUGUUCAAGCUAGUUAGAAUGUCGCAGCAAAGGAGUGGGUAUAAAUCGAGUGUAGUAAAAUAACAUUCCAUCUGAUCAAAUCUGAGCUAUGGGCAACAAAUGUAUUGUGGCUAUUCUUAUUUUUGUUGAUAAAUUUAACAAAAAGUUAACAUCCCCGACGCUCGUUCUGAAUAUUUUAAGCGGUUUUGGAAACUGAUAAGGAACAUAUUUCAUAUCAGUACAAAAUCAUUAAAAAAAAAAGAAUAAUUCAUAGUUAAAUUACUACACAACUUUUAUAAGGUAAGGGUUAGUGUUCCCACAUGGCCAUAUCUCCACGUUACAUAGUUUUUUUACGGAAGACAUAGGCCACCUGUGUGAAAUGGGACAAAUAUAAGCACCCACCAAAUUAUUAUUAAUUAGCUAUCUAGCGUGCUCCAAACGUGUGUAAAGGAGUCGGCAUGCUUCAGUUCGGCUGGCGCCUAGCCGAGCUCGGCUAACCGAACGAUUGUGCUCGCAUACUCUCUUAAAAUACCGCCGCUUGAAAAAACGAGGAAAAAAAGUGGCAAUAGUACUGUUUGUCCAUUUUGAGACGCCGUAGUCACUUCCUCAAAAUAGUCAGAAUUAAUUUAGGAUAACUCAGGAAAUCUGUAAUUUAUUUUGACAUUUGUGCCGAGGAGAUCUUAGUCGCGCAAUUUUGCAUCUGACUAGGAUGUUUGGUGCAGUAUUUCUCAAGUGAAAGAAUUAGCACGAGGACGAGUCGUCUCUCGUUGAAUGACAACAGGCACUUCAUUGAUUAAACCCUACUGUUGACCAAUCGCCGACGAGGGGGCAUAGACUUUGGCUACCGACUUGGGCUUACCUCGAGAAAAAAUGGUGUGUACCCAAACAGCCGAAUAAACCCUUGCCGAAGUCCAAAAUAAACUAAAAUGUCACAAUGCAUUCGAAAAGUAUUCAGACCCCUUGACUUUUUCCACAUUUUGUUACGUUACAGCCUUAUUCUAAAAUUGAUUAAAUAAAUAAAAAAUACUCAAUCUACACACUACCCCAUAAUGACAAAGCGAAAACAGGUUUUUAGAAAUGUUUGCUAAUUUAUUUUAAAAAAAGAUACCUUAUGUAAAUAAGUAUUCAGACCCUUUGCUAUGAGACUCGAAAUUGAGCUCAGGUGCAUCCUGUUUCCGUUGAUCAUCCUUAAGAUGUUUCUACAACUUGAUUGGAGUCCACCUGUUGUAAAUUCAGUUGAUUGGACAUGAUUUGGAAAGGCACACACCUGUCUAAAUAAGGUCCCACAGUUGACAGUGCAUGUCAGAGCAAAAACCAAGCUAUGAGGUCGAAGGAAUUAUCCAUAGAGCUCCGAGACAGGAUUGUGUUGAGGAACAGAUCUGGGGAAGGGUACCAAAAAAUGUCUGCAGCAUUGAAGGUCCCCAGGAACAGUGGUUUCCAUCGUUCUGAAAUGGAAGAAGUUUGGAACCACCAAGACUCUUCCUAGAGCUGGCUGCCCGGCCAACCUUAGCAAUCGGGGGAGAAGGGCCUUGGUCAGGGAGGUGACCAAGAACCUAAUGGUCACUCUGACAGAGCUCCAGAGGUCCUCUGUGGAGAUGGGAGAACCUUCCAGAAGGACAACCAUCUCUGCAGCACUCCGCCAAUUAGGCCUUUAUGGUAGCGUGGCCAGACGGAAGCCACGCCUCAGUAAAAGGGCAUAUGACAGCCCGCUUGGAGUUUGCCAAAAGGCAUCUAAAGGACUCUCUGACCAUGACAAACAAGAUUAUCUGGUCUGAUGAAACCAAGAUUGAACUCUUUGGCCUGAAUACCAAGCUUCACGUCUGGAGGAAACCUGGCACCAUCCCUAGGGUGAUGCAUGGUGGUGGCAGCAUCAUGCUGUGGUGAUGUUUUUUAGCGGCAGGUACUGGAGGACUAGUCAGGAUCGACCUCAAACUGGGGCGAAGGUUCACCUUCCAACAGGACAACGACCCUAAGCACACAGCCAAGACAACGCAGGAGUGGCUUCGGGACAAGUCUCCGAAUGUCCUUGAGUGGCCCAGCCAGAGCCCGGACUUGAACCCGAUCAAACAUCUCUGGAGAGACCUGAAAUAAGCUGUGCAGCGACGCUCCCCAUCCAACCUGACAGAGCUUGAGAGGAUCUGCAGAGAAGAAUGGGAGACACUCCCCAAAUACAGGUGUGCCAAGCUUGUAGCUUCAUACCCAAGAACACUCAAGGCUGUAAUCGCUGCCAAAGGUGCUUCAACCAAGUACUGAGUAAAGGGUCUGAAUACUUAUGUAAAUGUUAUAUAUAUUAUUAAUCUUAACAUUUCUAAACUUUCAACAACAACAAAAAGGAAACAGUUUUUGCUUUUUCAUUAUGGGGUAUUGUGUGUAGAUUGAUGAGGGAAAAAAACUAUUUAAUCCAUUUUCGAAUAAGGCUGUAAUGUAACAAAAUGUGGAAAAAGUGAAGGGGUUUGAAUGCUUUCCGAAUUUACUGUAUUUCAUAAACAUCCAGACCUUUUUACAGAGCACGAUGUAAUACAAGUAUGGAGAAAGACUAAAGAUUUGAAUGAUGGUCAUUUCAUUUCAAGUGUUAGCAUGCACUGUGUGGGACCAUUGGGAUUAGAACAAAUCGCUAUCAGCCCAUUCAAUGUGCAUUCUCAUGUGUAGGCAUUAGCCUAUUAUUGGCAACCUCCAUUUGCAUGGUGGAAUAAAAAUGGAAGAAUAAUUUAAAGAAAUGGCCUUGCUGUGCGUGUCGUGCCACAGAAACCUGUUUUUGCAUAUAAAACAUAAGUUAAAAAAGAAUGUCUUCUAAACAACCCACUCAUUUCAACGAACUGUGAUUGUAAUGAAGGAUCAUGGUGGUCCCAUAACAAAUAUUGGGAGGAUAUCUGAAUGUUCUGGGUGGACAGCUAAAUAAAUAGCUGAAACAACACAGAAAAUGGAGAUCAACAUCUGGUGUGGUGAAUGCACCAAUUUGUAGUCGCUCUGGAUAAGAGCGUCUGCUAAAUGACGUAAAUGUGCCCUUGAGCAAGGCACUUAACCCUAAUUGCUCCUGUAAGUCGCUCUGGAUAAGAGCGUCUGCUAAAUGACUAAAAUGUAAAUGUAAAAUGUGUGCAAAAACACAAGAUGCUGAAACAAGACUUAAAGGGAGCUGUCCCCUUACAGCGUACUCCAAUAAUUUGUUGACUUGGCAAUACGUCUGAUUGAUCCAUGGACGGAACAAAGGUCUCUAUACACUGGAGCCGUGAAUUAUGUGCUGCAUAGUCAAACAGUUCUGAGGUAUAAGGCAGGGCAACAUGGUGGACACCCCUGGCUGUCUAACCAGGUUCUGAUGCAUUUCUCCCAUCUACAUUGAGAAAGCAAGUUGUAUAUUUAUAUGGCCCAUUUUAUUGCACACUCCAAUAUUGCCCAUUCACAACUUAUUUUCUUAUCUGCUUUUUGCUCCCUGUGUCAUUCAUAUCUUGUUACUUUACUCAGAGGUGGAAUCACUUUUCCUAUUAGAAGUCUCCGCAGAGAAGCCGUUGUGAUUUGCUUCCAGGCAAAUUGUUAGUGGUUUGGUAACUCUGCCUAGAUUGCAAUCAUCCCAUGACUUUAAAGAUCUGUGUAUCCUGUAGCUAGCAUGAUCUGUUAUCUGGUGACACAUUCUUAGUGUCCUCUUAUGCCAGGUAAGGAUGGCACAGAUAUUUUGUAGAAAUGUAAGAUGCUUUAGCAUUAGCACGUGGGGGGGGGGGGGCUGACUGGGUGCUUUCCCCAUUGGCCGUAACUCUAGAGGGGGAGUCAUGCUACGCUUGCUAACAGCCUCGUAAAUAGAAGCACUGUUUAUAAACCUGUCACCUCAUGGCCCAUGUAACUAACUAGGCUAUGUAUCUAAGUUUAACCCCCACACCAGUCUCCACUAUGGUCCCCAUAUGUUCCCUGAGGAGCAAUGAGCUAAGUUAGUCACCAAGUAAUGUUAUAGCCAAUGAGUGUGGUUGGUUGGCCUGAGCUUGAUUUAAUAGUUUUUCUCACAUUGUACCUGAGUGAAACAUUCUAACUGAAGUGAGGUUGCAUAACACAAAUUGUUACUCUAACACCAACUCUUUCAUUGGUGUCAACAGUCAAUUACACACAGGUAUCAAGAGUCAGAAAAGACAGCAUUUUUGUAUAGUCUAGGCCAGAGCUGUGUAUAUAAAUGUAGGCUCUGGUCGAGGCCUGGUUGUAUCAUUCAUUUAACCUCGCUAGUAGGUUAUUGAGGAGUGGCCAACUUGACUCCCUCUGAUCUAACUCUCUUUUUUUCGCUAGCUCUCUCUUUAUCGGCCAAUAUCCGGAGCACUCAGAUUCCCUUUGAACUCCUUUUGACACCAUGGAGAUAUUUUUAGCCUCCCGGGGUUAUAAAAAAGCCUGAGUCAUGUCUGUUGGCUGGCAUUCACUACAGAGUGGCUACUGUACGUACAUGUCUAAGUAUCUGCAACAUGCGUAUUUGAGUGCCUAAUGGCUUGGAUCCCACUGUGGAAACGCAGGUGUCAGGAAUGGAUUUGGUGUGGGCAGAGUGCUAAUGGCCCUAAUUUCGAGCAGUUAGGUCCCUGAUUUGGUGUAUUUAUGGCCAUUGGCUUGCACUUUAAAGAAUGUGUUCCCGUGAAGUUCUGUGCUACAUUUUUGUGCACAGUUGCGACCAGAUGACUGACAGGCUAAUCACGGUGUUAUGAACUGUUUCGCAACCCGGAGUGUAAUUGAGACCGCUCUCCUCGAGCACACGUUUUUCCCUUGUCGGUUUCCAAGGGGUUUGACGAACGAUGCGGUCGGUGUGGUUAAGCAUGCGUGAACGCAGGUGUCGUUUAUUCGAGGCGGGUAACUAUCACUUUAUAACACUGGUCAACAUCCCUAUGAGAGACAGCUGAAACAGAGCUUCUUUAGACUGGCACUGUCAUCAUAACGGAUAAUCGUAUUACUUUUACAUUUACAUUUACAUUUUAGUCAUUUAGCAGACGCUCUUAUCCAGAGCGACUUACAGUUAGUCACAUUAUUAUUAUUUUUUUUCAUACCCCCUGUGGGAAUCGAACCCACAACCCUGGCGUUGCAAACGCCAUGCUCUAUCAACUGAACUACAUCCCUGCUUUUCAGCGGAGUCCUUCCUUUGCUAGGCAAUAACCAUAAACAGCCUCUUUUAUCUGGAGUCUGGGAUGCUACUGCAGUGCAAGAUGAUAAUCCCCUGUGGCCAAACAGCCUUUGGAUAGAAGUCUGAAAUUGGGAGGGGGUGUAUUACAUUUUCAACACAACAUUUUUUAAACCCCUGGUAGCUCCCAUCAUAAGCCUCAACAAAAGGAGGGGAGAGAGACAUGCCUGCAGCGUUUUACAACCAAUUUCAUCGCGGAAUAGAGGGAUAAGGCAGUCUGGCAGAACUGUUCCACUUCUCUCCUCCUGCCUUGCAUUUAACUUCCACCUUCUAUACAGCAACUGAAUCCUACUAUCAGCUCUAGGGGGAACUGAGUUUCUCUGCUGCUCUGGCAGACUUUCUCCUCAGCAUUGCAGUGCACUGUGAGUGCUGGCAGUCUGGUACACUGUGUGCCGAGACUGCCUAGGGACAGCCUCUUACCACAGAAGUGGUGUGUCAUAGAAAGGCCAGUUGGAACACUCAAGAUGUUCUUGUUCAUGAAUGAUCUUAAUCAAUUCAUUAGCUGCUGCCGUAGUUCAUGUAGCCUGGUUAAACCAGACUGAAUGGAUCGCUUUUCAUUGUUUCACUUCACAAUAGUGUGCAGUGUUCAGUCUGAUUUAACCAAAUUCAAAUUCAGUCAUUCAAAGAUAAUUCGUAAAAAUACCCUUAAUUGUAAAGGGUUUAAAAACUGUUUCCCAUGUUUAUUCAAUGAACCAUAAACAAUUAAUGAACAUGCAGCUGUGGAACGGUCGUUAAGACACUAACAGCUUACAGACGGUAGGCAAUUUAAGGUCACAGUUAUGGAAACGUAGGACACUAAAGAGGCCUUUCUACUGACUCUGAAAAACACCAAAAGAAAGAUGCCCAGGGUCCCUGCUCAUCUGCGUGAACGUGCCUUAGGCAUGCUGCAAGGAGGCAUGAGGACUGCAGAUGUGGCCAGGGCAAUAAAUUGCAAUGCCCGUACUGUGAGACGCCUAAGACAGUGCUACAGGGAGACCGGAUGGACAGCUGAUCGUCCUCGUGGUGGCAGACCACGUAUAACAACACCUGCACAGGAUUGGUACAUCUGAACAUCACACCUGCGGGACAGCUACAGGAUGGCAACAACAACUGCCCGAGUUAAACCAGGAACGCACAAUCCCUCCAUCAGUGCUCAGACUGUCCGCAAUAGGCUGAGAGACAUCACCGGCAACAACAUCGCCUAUGGGCAUAAACCCACCGUCGCUGGGCUGGACCAGACAGGACUGGCAAAAAGUGCUCUUCACUGACGAGUCGCAGUUUUGUCUCACCAGGGGUGAUGGUCUGAAUCACGUUUAUCGUCUAAGGAAUGAGCAUUACACCGAGGCCUGUACUCUGGAGCGGGAUCGAUUUGGAGGUGGAGGGUCCGUCAUGAUCUGGGGCAGUGUGUCACAGCAUCAUCGGACUGAGCUUGUUGUCAUUGCAGGCAAUCUCAACGCUGUGCAUUACAGGGAAGACAUCCUCCUCCCUCAUGUGGUACCCUUCCUGCAGGCUCAUCCUGACAUGACCCUCCAGCAUGACAAUGCCACCAGCCAUACUGCUCGUUCUGUGCGUGAUUUCCUGCAAGACAGGAAUGUCAGUGUUCUGCCAUGGCCAGCAAAGAGCCCGGAUCUCAAUCCCAUUGAGCACGUCUGGGACCUGUUGGAUCGGAGGGUGAGGGCUAGGGCCAUUCCCCCCAGAAAUGUCUGGGAACUUGCAGGUGCCUUGGUGGAUGAGGGGGGUAACAUCUCACAGCAAGAACUGGCAAAUCUGGUGCAGUCCAUGAGGAGGAGAUGCACUGCAGUACUUAAUGCAGCUGGUGGCCACACCAGAUACUGACUGUUACUUUUGAUUUUGACCCCCCCCUUUGUUCAGGGACACAUUAUUCAAUUUCUGUUAGUCACAUGUCUGUGGAACUUGUUCAGUUUAUGUCUCAGUUGUUGAAUCUUGUUAUGUUCAUACAAAUAUUUACACAUGUUAAGAUUGCUGAAAAUAAACGCAGUUGACAGUGAGCGGAUGUUUCUUUAUUUGCUAAAUCUAUAGAUUGAAAUGGUUGUAAAGAUGGGGAGAGGUCUGUCCGUAAUAAAGAGAUGCUCUGCUUUUUUGACACCAGACUCCACAAAGCAAGUCCUGCAGGCUCUAGUUGUAUCUUAUCUCAAAUAUUGUCCAGUCAUAUGGUCAAGUGCUGCAAAGAAAGACCUAGUUAAGCUGCAGCUGGCCCAGAACAGAGCGGCAAGUCUUGCUCUUCAUUGUAAUCAGAGGGCUAAUGUUUAAUACUAUGCAUGCCAGUCUCUCUUGGCUGAGAGUUAAGGACAGACUGACUGCGUCACUUCUUGUUUUUAGAAGAAACAUUGGAAAUUCCAAUUUCUUUGCAUGGUCAACUUACACAGAGCACUGAGACACACACUUACCCCACCAGAUAUGCCACCAGGGGUCUUUUCACAGUCCCCAGGUCCAGAACAAAUUCAAGCAAACAUACAGUAUUAUACAGAGCCUUGAGUGCAUGGAACUCCCUUCCAUCUUAUAUAGUCCAAGUGAACAGCAAACCUGGUUUCAAAAAACAAAUAAAACAACACCUCACAGCACAAAGCCUCUCCCCAUGUGACCUACUGGUUGUGUGGAUGUACUGACAUGUAUGUGUAACUGAUAGAUGCACAGACACACACACACACACACUACAUGUUAAUAUUUUUAAAUGUUUGUCUGUAAUGUCUUUCGUUGUGUCGGACCCCAGUAAGAAUAGCUGUCGCUAAUGGGGAUCCUAAUAAAUCAAAUAAAAAUAAAAACCACCACCAUGCUUGACCGUUGGUAUGAGGUUCUUACUGUGGAAUGCAGUGUUUGUUUUUUUGCCAGACAUAACGAGACCCAUGUCAUCCAAAAGUUCCAUCUUUGACUGAUCUGGCCAUAGAACAUUCUUCCAGGAGUCUUUUUACGAUAUUCAAGGUGCCUUUAGGCACUUUUUGGCAAACUCGAGUCGACUUUUUGGACAUCAUGGAUCCCGUUAUGUCUGGUGAAAAACCAAACACUGCAUUCCACAGUAAGAACGACGGUUAAGCAUUGUGGCAGUAAUAAGGGUGGGCAUUUGACAUUUUUUGACUGUUCAAGUACUCGCAUGAUCUUUUUGCGAGUACUCGAUUGGGAGUAAAAAAUAUAUAUUUUUAGAACACGAGGCCUGCACUGGAAAACAUGUGUGCAUUUAUCUACACUGAACAAAACUAUAUAAACGCAACAUGCAACAAUUUCAAAGACUUUACUGAGUUACAGUUCAUAUAAGGAAAUCAGACAAUUUUAAUAAAUUCCUAAUGCCCUAAUCGAUGGAUUUCACAUGACUGGGAAUACAGAUAUGCAUCUGUUGGUCACUGAUACCUUAAAAAAAGUAGAGGCAUGGAUCAGAAAACCAGUCAGUAUCUGCUAUGACCACCAUUUGCCUCAUGCAGCACGACACAUCUCCUUCGUAUAGAGUUGAUCAGGCUAUUGAUAGUGGCCUAUGGAAUGUUGUUCCACUCCUCUUCAAUGGCUGUGCGAAGUUGCUGGAUAUUGGUGGGAACUGGAACACGCUGGCGUAUACGUUGAUCCAGAGCUUCCCAAACAUGCUCAAUGGGUGACAUGUCUGGUGAGUAUGCAGGCCAUGGAAGAACUGGGACAUUUUCAGCUUCCAGGAAUUUUGUACAGAUCCUUGCUACGUGGGGCCUUGAAUUAUCAUGCUGAAACGUGAGGUGAUGGCGGCGGUUGAAUGGCACGACAAUGGGCCUCAGGAUCUCAUCACGGUAUCUCUGUGCAUUCAAAUUGCCAUCGAUAAAAUGCAAUUGCGUUCGUUGUCCGUAGCUUAUGCCUGCCCAUACCAUAACCCCCCCGCCACCAUGGGGUACUCUGUACACAACAUUGACAUCAGCAAACAGCUCGCCGUCUGCCAUCUGCCCGGUACAGUUGAAACUGGGAUUCAUCCGUGAAGAGCACACUUCUCCAGCGUGCCAGUGGCGAUCGAAGGUGAACAUUUGCCCGCUGAAGUCGGUUACGACGCCAAACUGCAGUCAGGUCAAGACCCUGGUGAGGACGACGAGCACACAGAUGAGCUUCCCUGAGACGGUUUCUGACAGUUUGUGCAGAAAUUAUUCGGUUGUGCAAACCACCUGACUGACCAUCCAUUAUAUAAAAAUAAUCGUUUUAACCAUGUUUUGAGGCUAUUAAGUGUUUGUUUACAUUUUCUUUGUUUGCAAACAUUGGAGUAAAACCAAGCUUAUAUUUUGGGUUCUGUUGGGGUACGACAGUUGAACUAAGCUCAUGAGGCAUUUAAAGUUAUGUUCUUCAAGAAUCUAUGGGUACAUAUCUUUAAUUUAUAAGACAAAACAUUUAUGUAGCAACUGAUGAUUAAGCAACUUAAUUAUCAAGUUUUGACGUCCGUUCGAGUACUUAAGUACUCUAUUUACUCAUGACCAUCCCUAGGUGGUAGUGUGAUGGUUUUAGGAUACUUUGCUGCCUCAGGAUCUGGAUGACUUGCCAUCAUUGAAGGAACCCUGAAUUCUGCUCUGUAUCAGAUCAUCCUAAUGAAUGUCAGGUCAUCUGUCCAUGAGCUGAAGCUGAAGCGCAGCUGAGUCAUGCAGCAAGACAAUGAUCCAAAACACACAAGCAAAUUUACAUCAGAAUCAGAAAAGCAACCCAUUUUAAGCUUUGGAAUGGCCUAGUCAAAGUCCAGACCUAAACCCGAUUGGAGAUGCUGUGGCAAGACCUGAAACAAGCAGUUCAUGCUUGAAAAUCCAGAUGUCGAUGAGUUAAAGCAUUUCUGCAUGGCACAGUGGGCUGAAGGAACUGUCCGUAGAGCUCCGAGACAGGAUUGUGUCAAUGCACAGAUCUGGGGAAGGGUACCAAAACAAUUCUGCAGCAUUGAAGGUCUCCAAGAACACAGUUGCCUCCAUCAUUCUUAAAUGGAAGAAGUAUGGAACCACCAAGUCUCUUCCUAGAGCUGGCCGCCCGGCAAAACUGAGCAAUCGGGGGAGAAGGGCUUUGGUCAGGGAGGAGACAAAGAACCCGAUGGUCACUCUGACAGAGCUCCAGAGUUCCUCUGUGGAGAUGGGAGAACCUUCCAGAAGGACAACCAUCUCUGCAGCACUCCACCAAUCAGGUCUUUAUGGUAGUGUGGCCAGACGGAAGCUACUCCUCAGUAAAAGGCACAUGACAGCCCGCUUGGAGUUUGCCAAAAGGCACCUAAAGGACUCUCAAACCAUGAGAAACAAGAUUCUCUGGUCUGAUGAAACCAAGAUUGAACUCUUUGGCCUGAAUGCCAAGCGUUACAUCUGGAGGAAACCUGGCACCAUCCCUACGGGAAAGCAAGAAUAGCGCAUGAGGAGAUGGCUGCCGUUUUACGGACUCCUAACCAAUUGUGCUAUUGUGUGUGUGUGUUCUUUUAAGUUAUUUGUAACUUAUUUUGUACAUAAUGUUUCUGCCACCGUCUCUUAUGACCGAAAAGAGCUUCUGGAUAUCAGGACAGCGAUUACUCACCUCGUACUGGACAAAGAUUUUUACUUUAACGAGUCGGACGCGAAGGAUUUUCUUCAGACACCCGACAAGGCCCAAAUCCCCUUCAUUCGCAUUAGAGAUAUCGGGGAUAUAGGUCGGGGUGCCUUGUAAGGAUCCGACGGCGAGUGGGUAAUCUGCCUCUACCGUCAGUCCUAUUAGCCAACAUACAAUCAUUGGAUAACAAAAUAGACUAACUAUGAUCAAGGAUAUCCUACCAACGGAACAUAAACUGUAAUAUCUUAUGUUUCACUGAGUCGUGGCAGAACGACGACAUGAAUAACAUACAGCUGGCGGGAUAUACGCUGCAUCUGCAAGAUAGAACAGCUUCCUCCGGUAAGACAAGGAGUGGCGGUCUGUGUAUAUUUGUAAACAACAGCUGGUGCACGGAAUCUAAUAUUAAGGAAGUCUUGAGGUUUUGCUCGCCUGAGGUAGAGCAUCUCAUGAUAAGCUGUAGACCACACUAUCUACCAAGAGUUUUCAUCGAUAUCUUUCGUGGGCUGUCUAUUUACCACCACAAACCGAUGCUGGCACUAAGACCGCACUCAAUGAGCUGUAUAAGGUCAUAAGCAAACAUGAAAACGCUCAUCCAGAGGCGGAGCUCCUAGUGGCCGGGGACUUUAAUGCAGGGAAACUUAAAUCCAUUUAACCUAAUUUCUACCAGCAUGUUAAAUGUGCAACCAGAGGGGAAAAAAACUCUAGACCACCUUUACUCCACACACAGAGACGCAUACAAAGCUCUCCCUCGCCCUCCAUUUGGCAAAUCUGACCAUAACUCUAUCCUCCUGAUUCCUGCUUACAAGCAAAAACUAAAGCAGAAAGCACCAGUAACUCAGUCAAUAAAGAAGUGGUCAGAUGAUGCAGAUGCUAAGCUACAGGACUGUUUUGCUAGCACAGACUGGAAUAUGUUCCGGGAUUCUUCCGAUGGCAUUGAAGAGUACACCACAUCAGUCACUGGCUUCAUCAAUAAGUGCAUCGAUGACGUCGUCCCCACAGUGACCGUACAUACCCCAACCAGAAGCCAUGGAUUACAGGCAACAUCCGCACUGAGCUAAAGGGUAGAGCUGCCACUUUCAAGGAGCGGGACUCUAACUCGGAUGCUUAUAAGAAAUCCUGCUACGCCCUCCAACGAAUCAUCAAACAGGCAAAGCAUCAAUACAGGACUAAGAUUGAAUCGUAUUACACUGGCUCAGACGCUCGUCGGAUGUGGCAGGGCUUGCAAACUAUUAGACUACAAAGGGAAGCACAGCCGCAAGCUGCCCAGUGACACGAGCAUACCAGACAAGCUAAAUUACUUCUAUGAUCGCUUUGAGGCAAGUAACACUGAAGAAUGCAUGAGAGCAUCAGCUGUUCCGGACGACUGUGUGAUCACGCUCUCCGUAGCCGAUGUGAGUAAGACCUUUUAAACAGGUCAACAUUCACAAGGCCGCAGUGCCAGAUGGAUUACCAGGACGUGUACUCCAAGCAUGCGCUGACCAACUGGCAAGUGCCUUCACUGACAUUUUCAACCUGUCCCUGACUGAGUCUGUAAUACCAACAUGUUUCAAGCAGACCACCAAAUUCCCAUGCCCAAGAACAUUAAGGUAACCUGCCUAAAUGACUACCAACCCGUAACACUCACAUCUGUAGCCAUGAAGUGCUUUGAAAGGCUGGUCAUGACUCACAUCAACACCAUUAUCCCAGAAACCCUAGACCCAAUCCAAUUUGUAUACCGCCCCAACAGAUCCACAGAUGAUGCAAUCUCUAUUGCACUCCACAUUGCCCUUUCCCACCUGGACAAAAGGAACACCUACGUGAGAAUGCUAUUCAUUGACUACAGCUCAGCGUUCAAAUCCAUAGUGCCCUCAAAACUCAUCACUAAGCUAAGGACACUGGGACUAAACACCUCCCUCUGCAACUGGAUCCUGGACUUCCUGAUGGGCCGCACCCAGGUGGUACGGGUAGGUAACAACACAUCUGCCACGCUGAUCCUCAACACGGGGGCCCCUCAGGGGUGCAUGCUCUUUCCCCUCCAGGAAAAGGAGGACCGAGCAUGCCCCCAUUUUCAACGACGGGGCUGUAGUGGAGCAGCUUGAGAGAUUCAAGUUCCUUGGUGUCCAUAUCACCAACAAACUAUCAUGGUCCAAACACACCAAGACAGUCAUGAAGACUGCAUGACAAAGCCUAUUCCCCCUCAGGAGACUGAAAAGAUUUGGCAUGGGUCCUCAGAUCCUCAAAAAGUUCUACAGCUGCACCAUCGAGAGCAUCCUGACUGGUUGCAUCCCUGCCUGGUAUGGCAACUGCUCGGCCUCCAAUUGCAAGGCACCACAGAGGGUAGUGCAUACGGCCCAGUACAUCACUGGGGCCAAGCUUCCUGCCAUCCAGGACCUCUACACCAGGCAGUGUCAGAGGAAGGCCCUAAAAAUGGUCAAAGACUCCAGCCACCCUAGUCAUAGACUGUUCUCUCUGCUACCGCACAACAAGCGGUACCGAAGCGGCAAGUAUAGGUCCCCCAAGCCAUAAGACUCCUGAACAGCUAAUCAAAUGGCUACCUGGGCUAUUUGCAUUGUGUCGUCCCCCCCCCCCCCCCCCACCCCCUCUCUUUUACGCUGCUGCUACUCUCUGUUUAUCUAUGCAUAGUCACUUUUUUAACUCUAGCUACAUGUACAUACUACCUCAGUUACCUUGACUAACCUGUGCCCUCGCACAUUGACUCUGUACUGGUACCCCCUGUAUAUAGCCUCGCUACUGUUAUUUUACUGCUGCUCUUUAAUUAUUUGUUAUUUUGAUUAAUAACUUAACCAACAAUGCAGUGUUAAGGGCUUGUAAGUAAGCAUUUCACUGUAAGGUCUACACCUGUUGUAUUCGGCACAUGUGAUAAAUACAUUUGAUUUGAUAAAAGCUUGUGUCCUUAGUUUAGCCUAUUUCUCAUGCACCUACAAUAAUCUGUCACCUUAAAACUGCAUGGAAACCAAAGCAAACAUUAGGGAUUCACUUUCACUAUAAGCAGGCUAAAUAGCUUAACCAAAGCAAACAUUAGGGUAUUCACUUUCACUAUAAGCAGGCUAAAUAGUCUUAAGCUCAAACGCCAAGCCUAUUUAGGAUUAUGGUAGCAGCUUUUCUUUUUUUUUUAAGCCUGACUUUCACCUUAAACACCAAUUCAACCUUUACACAACGUGCAAACAUUUCUAAAAACCUAUUUUUGCUUUGUCAAUAUGGGGUAUUGUGUGUAGAUUGAGGAUUUUUUAUAUAUUUUUAAAUCCAUUUUAGAAUAAGGCUGUAACAAAAUGUGGAAAAAGUCAAGGGGUCUGAAUACUUUCCGAAUGCACUGUAUGUAUCGGCGUAAGGUUGACUAGGCAUCAGGAAUAUGAUAAACGUACACCUUUCAAACCAAUACGUUUUUCCGCCAACUUCAGCAUCCCGCCAACUUUUUGCAGACUUUUCUUUUAUAUAUAUAAAAUGUAUUGCCGGCAACAAAGCCUCUACUUUUAUUUCGGGCAACCGACCUAGUCAUGAUUGCGGUAAAGUUCUGUCUACGGCUUAGUAUGAAAUGUAGCCGUAAUGCUGAUGCGGCAUUAGCACGCACUACCAUAGAUAUAGAACAUUGCUCAAUAUCUAUGCGCACUACGCUCUUAAGCUCUUGAUUGUUGCUAGGCAGCGCUCGUUACUACUGUCCAAGGUUAGGUCCCUGGCAAUUCGUCUAGAUAAAUCAAUGUCAGAUUUUUCUUUUCACUGAAUCUCCGUUUGGAUACUGGUUAGGCUACAAUUAGGCUGUGGAAAUGUUCGCUAAGUUGAGGUGAGUGCUGCUCAUGAUCAUCUUGUCUAGUUGGCUCAUUUUGUUAGCAAUAAUCAGAACAUUUUGUCAGCAUGUUAUGUAGCAUAAACUUGUUAAACUACAUAACAUGCUGGCAAAAUUUUCUGAUAGUAGUCCUAGGCUGGGCCUACUAAACGACUGCAAGUAAAGAGCAAAAUAAUCCACUACUCCCGACCAAAAGCCUGUGACUUGUCUUAAUCAAUCAAUGUGAUUGUGUUUCACUGAAUCUCUGUCUGUAUAUCUGGUUAAUUCUCUGUCUGGGCAAAUAAGUGGAGGUUGUAUAUGUCAUAUUUGUUUGCUCAUCUAUCACUGAUUAGAAAUAUUUAGCAUGCUAUAAUGUAGCCUAAAUCAAGUAGGCCUAUUAUUUUGCUCGAUCGUGUAUAUCAGGGGUGUCAAAUUAAUUCCAUGGAGGGCCUAGUGUCUGCAGGUUUUUGGUUUUUCCUUUCAGUUAAGCCCUAGACAACCAGGUGUGGGGAGUUCCUUACUAAUUAGUGACUUUAAUUCAUCAAGUUGUGGUCCUCUGUAGCUCAAUUGGUAAAGCAUGGCGCUUGUAACGCCAGGGUAGUGGGUUCGAUCCCCGGGACGUAAAAAUGUAUGCGCACAUGACUGUAUGUCGCUUUGGAUAAAAGCGUCUGCUAAAUGGCUUAUGGGCGGCAGGUAGCUUAGUGGGUAAGAGCAUUGUGCCAGUAACCGAAAGGUCGCUGGUUCUAAUCCCCGAGCCGACUAGGUGAAACAUCUGUUGAUGUGCCCUUAAGCAAGGCACUUAACCCUAAUUGCUCCUGUAAGUCGCUCUGGAUAAGAGCGUCUGCUAAAUGACUAAAAUGUAAAAUGUAAGUACGAGGGAGGAGUGAAAACCUGCAGACACUCAGCCCUCCUUGGAAUGUGUUUGACACGUGUGGCAUAUUGGAAACGCCAAAAACCUGCAGAGGUUGUGUACUAUGAACACGGGACUUGCAUUCUUUUGAAAAUAUUGAUUGCUAUUUUUUUCUAUCAGUAUGAAUGAAGAUGAUGAAGAUACUCUCAAUGUAAGACCCUACACAUGCUCCCUAACCAGGCGGAGUGAGGCUAAGACAAACAUGAAACGUUGAUCAAAAAAGAAUGGGCUUGCCUUGGGCUCUGUUUAAAAAAUAUCACAUUUAUAUGACAGAGGUUCCACACGUUGCCUUGACGCAAGUUGUGUGGGAAUUUUUCUUUGUAUUUUAUUCUGUUAUUUCAUUAUAUAGCCUACUAGAAAAUAUACAGUGUGUGUUGACUGAUCAGGGUAGCCUAAAUGUGUCUUGUCUGUUUUAAUGAACAAAAUAACUAUUGAUUUCAUGUGCAUGUCACAGCCAUGUACCCUAUAGGCUGCACAGACCAGUAACAUAAUUAAUCUCAAUAUGCCAUUCUAUUCUUUUGAAAUUACAUUUUAUUAGUCUUAUCUUUCUUAGGACCUGCCUAAAACAAAUGUAAUAAUGGAUUUCAUUGUGAUGGUGUAUAUUCAAUGGAUUUGUUAAAAUAGACGUCCACCCACAUCGCUCCACGUACUGCCACUCCUAAACUUGCCGCCAUGAGCACGGGAGAUCUAAAAGGCUUAUCCCGGCAAGAAUGUGGUAAAAUGGCUUAGGGAUAGAAGCUGUUCAGGAGCCUGGUACCGCUUGCCGUACGGAAGCCGAGAGAACAGUCUAUGGCUUUUCUGGGCCUUCCUUUCACACCAGAGGUCCUGGAUGGCAGGGAGCUUGGCCCCAGUGAUGUACUGGGCUCGCCGCACCACCCUCUGUAGCGCCAUGCGAUUGAGGACAGUACUGUUGCCAUACCAAGCAGCCAUUCAAGAUGCUCUCAAUGGUGGAACUGUAUAACUUUUAAUGGAUUUGAGGGCCCAUGCCAAACCUUUUCAACUUCCUGAGGUGGAAGAGGUGCUGUCGCGCCUUCUUCACGACUGUGAGCGUGUGAGUGGACCAUUUUAAGUCCUUAAUGACACAGAGGAACUCGACCAGCUCCACUGCAGCCCCAUCGAUGUGGAUGGGGGCGUGCUCCCCCCUUUCCUGUAGUCCACGAUCAGCUCCUUGGUCUUACUGACGUUGAGGGAGAAGUUGUUGUCCCGGCACCACACUGCCAGGUCACUGACCUCCCUGUAGACUCUCAUCAACAACUACAGGAAGUGUUUGGUUGCAGACAUUGCAGCUAAAGGUGGCACCACCAGUUAUUGAGUGUAAGGGGCAAUUACUUAUAGCACAGGGGCAUUGGGUGUUGCAUGACUUCAUUUAUUAAAUAAAUGAAAUAAGUAUCAACAUUUUAUGUUAUGUUCACUCAGGUUCCAUUUAUCUAAUGUUAAGUUUUGGUUUAAGAUCUGAUAACAUUCAGUGUAAAUAAAUAUGCAAAAAUAGAAAAAAAUGUUUUUCCACAGCACUGUACAUCAUUGUUAUAUAAACGGUUUGUUUCUGGGGGGGGGGGUUGCAUUUGAAUAGCGGACAAUAAUGUGGUUUCCCACAUGAUCAGUUUGCCUUAGCAUUUCUUAAGCGGUGGUGGACAUGAGAAAAUCUCUGCUGUUAUUGAGAAGAUUAUAUUUUUUCCCCCUAUUUCCAGCAGGAAUUCCCCUGCUUAGUCAAUGACAAGUCCUGCCAAGAGAUCCGGUCAAAUCAAUUGCCACCCCACAGAGCAGCCAUUAACAAGGCAUAGAAUUAUUAGUCUCUAUGGCCUGCCAUCUGUGUAAAUUGCUCUAUAUUCUUGUGUAACUGACAGUUUCGGAUGGACGUGACGGAAGCUGUCUUUUUCUAGACAGUAUGAGCUCACCUUGUCAGUUAUGAGCUUUGAUUGCUGAGAGAAAUGGCAGGGUUAAGUUAACUAUGAUUUGUACCUUACGUUAGCAUUGGCGUAUAAGUGUCUGUGUUAAGCUUGCAGUGAUACAAUAGCCUGGUACCAUACUUUAUGUACUGUAGACACUAGACAUACUGGCAUGCUAUGGUACUUCCUCUUUGGAGGACCGCUUAAAUUAAAACUAGCACUUAAGAACUGACUAAAUCCUUGUCAGCUAAGCUAACCAUCUGAAGGACUAGUAUCCUAGAGACCAGUUUUGGUCCAAGGGCCGACCAGUGGUUAAGAAACACAAUGAACUUGUUUCUCAUUCUCAACCUUUUUUGUACUAGGGACUGGCAAGCUAUGGUCCCUCUUGAGUCAAGUGCCGGCGGCAAGCUAUGGUUUUUCCUCCUUGGUGGGCCGCUUACUGUAUGUAGACUAGAGCUGACUAAAUUAGCAGAACCAUCUCAGGGAUCUGGUCAGCAGCAUCCCAUGGACCGGAGGUUGAGAAACACUGAACUAGAUAGGCCUAAGUCCUCUAACACAAAGAGGAGUUGGCUAAAGUACAUACUGGACCACCAGGCUAGUGAUACUCAUCUUAAGAGCCCAUGGUCUCCAUCCUUUCUAACAGAUUUUCAAGGCCAGCUAGGUUGAAUGCUCUCCAUUGUGAAAACUCAUAAUGAUACUGUAAUAAGUAGGCUGGGAAUUGCCAGGGACCUCACAAUACGAUAUUAUCACGAUACUUAGGUGGCGAUACAAUAUGUAUUGCGAUUCUAUAGGUAUCACGAUUUUAUAUGAAGGCAUGUUGAUACUGUGAUGUUAUUGCGAUUCGAUGUUCUAUACAUAUUGCUCACUAUAUGUCUGCAGCAGAGGGACAGGAGAGAGCCAUGAAAAAAUGAGCAUUCAUCAAAGUAAGUGCUGAAAACAGAUUGUCUCACCAUUUUAAAAAGAAGAUGGAAAGCAAACUAUAGAAGGAAAAAUACUGGAGUUUUGACGCAGGUACAGUCGACUCGCCCAAAAAUAUUGCAAUAUAUUGUCAAAUAAUAUCCCGAUAUGUAACUGUAACUAUUUUUUUUUACCCUGUCACUAGUUAAAAGUGUAGAAUCAGACCAUCGUAAGACCUUUUCCCCAAACAACAACCUCCCUCAAAACUAACUGCAAAGGGGUUGCCAUCUGCCCUUCUCUAACUGAAAAGGGCAUGUUUUGUCUGCUGACAACAGAUUUUUUGUUUUGUCUCGCUUCACUGACAAUAGAGGCUUCUGUAAACUCCCAUGAGGAAAAUAGUUCACUUAACAAGAUACCUUGCCACCAAGAAAUAGGCUACUUCCACAUACCAGAUUUGUAUUGGCAUGUGGAAAUGGGGCAUCUGAGCGCUUGGUUACACGGUUGCCACUGCAACUCUGUUGAUGCCAGAGAAAUAUCUGCACUUGCUCGGGCUAGGCUGUACAAGCCAGCCGAUUUGUCGUUUCUCAUUUACUGCCUUGUCUCUCUCAGCUGUCUAGACCUCAGCUGCCAGGCUAGACGUGAAUGAGAGCUUUCAUGGGCCAUCAAAGCUGCAGUUGUGUCUCCAAGCCUAAAAAGAGCACUUAAAGGAAUUAAGUUGUAACUCAUGCACCUCUGUCAUUUCUUCACAAACGCUGCAAGAUUCUUACGUUUUGUCUGUCUGUUUGUCAUGCAUUUGUUUGAAACAGUAGUUCUGUACAGUCAUUGCUAGCCCAUGGGUCCCUCAUACAAUAUGCUUGAAAUGUCAUGAAUAAUGGCUAUGCAGGUCUCCAAUAGAAACGGAGCAUCUCAUCUUUCUCCUCAACUAAUCACACACUUCUAUUCACUCCUGGCUGUAUAUGCACUACGGUAAACAAAUAAUGCAGGUGCGCCGUGAGAGAGAAUUGUCACACUCCUAAUUAUCCUACAGGAAACACACCACAUGGCACAGUGCAGGCCACAUCGAAGCUUAUGGAGGGGAAGAAACAGCCCUUAAAAAAGGAAAAACAACAGCAGCAACCUAGAUCUCCUCCCUGUCAUACGCCAUUGAUUUUGCAAUCCAGCGCUAUCGAAGCAGAACCAUACAGGGCAUCUACGUCUCAGGCUGGCGAUAGCCAAUCUCUAUUACCCCUUAGCUUAGGCUUGGGCUCGGGGGCCUAACAGGGAUGAAUAGCUGCAGAGUAUGAUGGAUGUAUGAGCUGCCUGGAGAGAGGAUAAUCUCCGCUGUUUUUAUUAUUCCAUCAGAUUUUAUGAGGUGGCCAUAAUAUACGACAAACUGUCAUAUUCAUAAGAUUUCCAUCUGAAUAUGAUUGGAAAUGGACAUUCGAAUCAAGCGUGAAAUUAUAGUAAAUAGCAAUAGCCUAUCUCGGCCGGUGUUUUAGAAUGUUCAGAAUAAUAGGCAUCGGCUUAGUUGUUAUAGUGUUAAAGACUGUGUUGCCGCCAUAGGUCAUAAUUAGCUGGAAAUACAUGGAGGCAAGGGGGAACCAACGGAAAUGGGGACUGAAUGGAAGCACACUGUGUGGCCAGAGUGAUUCAUCAUUCAAGAGCGGGCCUUUUGUCCAGUAAUUAAAUUACCUCAGAGUCGACCAUUAGCUAAAGUGUCUGGCUCCCUCUGCUCGGAUACAGUGGGUUUCUAACUAAGCUUGUUCAACACCAUGGACUACAACAAAGCUGUACCUCAUGCUUUGUUGUUGGUACUGAACACCAUGCCCUUGUGGUUUGGGGUCUGAUUUAAGUUCAGCACAUUAUGCUUUAGGGCUAGGGAGAGCUGAUCCUGAUUCAGUUGUUACAGACACAGACUGACUAGUCUCCAAUAUUAGGAUAUGCCAUGGGAGUAGGCUAAGGCCAGGGGUACAGUGCCUUGCAAAAGUAUUCAUCCGCCUUAGCGUUUUUCCUAUUUUGUUGCAUUACAACUUGUAACUUAAAUUGAUUUUUAUUUGGAUUUCAUGUAAUGGGCAUACACAAAAUAGUCCAAAUUGGUGAAGUGAAAUGAAGAAAAAAAACUUGUGUGGUGCGUGCAUAUGUAUUCACCCCCUUUGCUAUGAAGCCCCUAAAUAAGAUCUGGUGCAACCAAUUACCUUCAGAAGUCACAUAAUUAGUUAGAUUGCACACAGGUGGACUUUAUUUAAGUGUCACAUGAUCUCAGUAUAUAUACACCUGUUCUGAAAGGCCCCAGAGUCUGCAACACCACUAAGCAAGGGCCACGACCAAGCAAGCGGCACCAUGAAGACGAAGGAGCUCUCCAAACAGGUCAGGGACAAAGUUGUGGAGAAGUACAGAUCAGGGUUGGGUUAUAUAAAAAAUAUCCAAAACUUUGAACAUCCCACGGAGCACCAGUAAAUCCAUUAUUUAAAAAAUAAUAUGGCACCACAACAAACCUGCCAAGAGCGGGCCGCCCACCAAAACUCACGGACCAGGCAAGGAGGGCAUUAAUCAGAGAGGCAACAAAGAGACCAAAGAUAACCCUGAAGGAGCUGCAAAGCUCCACAGGCGAGAUUGAAGUAUCUGUCCAUAGGACCACUUUAAGCCAGAGCUGGGCUUUACGGAAGAGUGGCCAGAAAAAAGCCAUUGCUUAAAGAAAGAAAUAAGCAAACACAUUUGGUGUUCGGCAAAAGGCAUGUGGGAGACUCCCCAAACAUAUGGAAGAAGGUACUCUGAUCAGAUGAGACUAACAUUGAGCUUUUUGGCCAUCAAGGACAACGCUAUGUCUGGCGCAAACCCAACACCUCUCAUCACCCCGAGAACACCAUCCCCACAGUGAAGCAUGGUGGUGGCAGCAUCAUGCUGUGGGGAUGUUUUUCAUUGGCAGGGACUGGGAAACUGGUCAGAAUUGAAGGAAUGAUGGGAUGGCGCUAAAUACAGGGAAAUUCUUGAGGGAAACCUGUUUCAGUCUUCCAGAGAUUUGAGACUGGGACGGAGGUUCCCCUUCCAGCAGGACAAUGACCCUAAGCAUACUGCUAAAGCAACACUCGAGUGGUUUAAGGGGAAACAUUUAAAUGUCUUUGAAUGGCCUAGUCAAAGCCCAGACCUCAAUCCAAUUGAGAAUCUGUGGUAUGACUUAAAGAUUGCUGUACACCAGCGGAACCCAUCCAACUUGAAGGAGCUGGAGCAGUUUUGCCUUGAAGAAUGGGAAAAAAUCCAAGUGGCUAGAUGUGCCAAGCUUAUAGCGACAUACCCCGAGAGACUUGCAGCUGUAAUUGCUUCAAAAGGUGGCUCUACAAAGUAUUGACUUUGUGGGGGUGAAUAGUUAUGCACGCUCAAGUUUUCUGUUAUUUUGUCUUAUUUCUUGUUUGUUUCACAAUAAAAAAUAUUUUGCAUCUUCAAAGUGGUAGGCAUGUUGUGUAAAUCAAAUGAUACAAACCCACCAAAAAUCAAUUUUAAUUCCAGUUUGUAAGGCAACAAAAUAGGAAAAAUGCCAAGGGGGGUGAAUACUUUUGCAAGCCACUGUAGGCAACUAGAUUCAGCCGUGGACCAUUUUUAUUUGGAGCGGAUGGUCGGGGGGCCUGAACAUAAUUAGAAUAAUUUGUGCACUGCAAAUUGACCACAACUAAGCCCAAAAAGAAAUUGUAUUUGAAAAUAACAUUCAUUUCAUGCCUUGAUUACAUUGAGACACGAUCACAUACAGUGCCUUCAGAAAGUAUUCACACCCCUUGGCUUUUUCCACAUUUUGUUGUGUUACAGCAUGAUUAAAUAUAGAUUUUGUUGCACUGGCUUACGCACAAUACCCCAUAAUGUCAAAGUGGAAUUAUGUUUUUAGAUUUAAAAAUAAAUAAAAAUUAUACUGAACAUAAAUAUCAACGCAACAUGUAAAGUGUUGGUCCCAUGUUUCAUGAGCUGAAAUUAAAGAUCCCAGAAAUGUACCAUACGCACAAAAAGCUUAUUUCUCUCAAAUGUUGUGCACAAAUUUGUUUAUAUCCCUGUUAGUGAGCAUUUCUCCUUUGCCAAGAUAAUCCAUCCACCUGACAGGUGUGGCAUAUCAAUAAGCUGAUAAAACAGCAUGGUCAUUACACAGGUGCACCUUGUGCUGAGGACAACAAAAGGCCCCUCUAAAGUGUGCAGUUUUGUCACACAACACAAUGCCACAGAUGUCUCACAUUUUGAUGGAGCGUGCAAUUGGCAUGGGAUGUCCACCAGAGUUGUUGCCAGAAUAUUUAAUGUUAAUUCCUCUACAAUAAACUGCCUCCGUCGUUUUAGAACAUUUGGCAGUACGUCCAACUGGCCUCACAACUGCAGACCACGUGUAACCACGCCAGCCCAGGACCUUCACAUCCGGCUUCUUCACCUGCGGGAUCAUCUGAGACCAGCCCCCCAGACAGCUGAUGAAACUGAGGAGUAUUUCUGUCUGUAAUAAAUCCCUUUUGUUUGGAAAAACUCAUUCUGAUUGGCUGGGCCUGGCUCCCCAAUGGGUGGGCCUAUGCUCUCCCAGGCCCACCAAUGGCUGCGCCCUUUCCCAGUCAUGUGAAAUCCAUAGAUUAGGGCCUAAUUUAUUUAUUUCAAUUGAUUGAUUUCCUUUGUGAACUGUAACUCAGUAAAAUCAUUGAAAUUGUUGCAUUUAUGAAAUGUCUUGAGUCAAUAAGUAUUCAACCCCUUUGUUACGGCAAGCCUAAAUAAGUUCAGGAGUAAAAAUUAGCUUAACAAGUCACAUAAGUUGUAUGGACAAUAAUAGUGUUUAACAUGAUUUUUGAACGACAACCUCAUCUCUGUACCCCACACACACAAUUACCUGUAAGGUCCCUCAGUCGAGCAGUGAAUUUCAAACAGAUUCAACCACAAAGACCAGGGAGUUUUUCCAAUGCCUCACAAAGAAGGGCACCUAUUGGUAGAUGGGUUUUUAAAAAAUCUGACAUUGAAUAUCCCUUUGAGCAUGGUGAAGUUAUUAAUUACACUUUGGAUGGUGUAUCAAUACACCCAGUCACUACAAAGAUACAGGCGUCCUUCUUAACUCCAUUGCCAGAUAGGAAGGAAACCGCUCAAGGAUUUCACCAUGAGGCCAAUUGUGACUUUAAAACAGUUAGAUCAACAACAUUGUACUUACUCCACAAAACAAACAUAGUUGACAGAGCAAAAAGAAGGAAACGUGUACAGAAUAAAAUAUUCCAAAACAUGCAUCCUGUUUACAAUAAGGCACUAAAGUAAUACUGCAAAAAAAAUGUUAUGUUUGGGGCAAAUCCAACACAUCACUGAGUACCGCACUUCAUAUUUUCAAGCACGGUGGUGGCUGCAUCAUGUUAUGGGUAUGCUUGUCAUUGGCAAGGACUAGGGACUUUUUAGGAUAAAAAGAAACGGAAUAGAGCUAAGCACAGGCAAAAUUCUAGAGAAAAACCUGGUUGUCUGCUUUCCACCAGACACUGGGAGAUGAAUGUCCUAAAACACAAGGCCAAAUAUGAACUGUAGUUGCUUACCAAGACGACGUUGAAUGUUCCUGAGUGACCUAGUUACAGUUUUGACUUAAAUCUGCUUGAAAAUCUAUGACAAGGCUUGAAAAUGGCUGUCUAGCAUGAUCAACAACCAACUUGACAGAGCUUAAAGAAUUUAAAAUAAUAAUAAUGUGCAAAUAUUGUACAAUCCAGGUGUGCAAAGCUCUUAGAGUUACCCAGAAAGACACACAGCUGUAAUCACUGCCAAGGGUGAUUCUAACAUGUAUAGACUCAGGGGUUUGAAUACUUAUGGAAAUGAUAUAUUUCUGCUUUUUCAAUAAAAUUGCAAAAAUGUCUAAAAAACAUGUUUGCACUUUGUCAUUAUGGGGUAUUGUGUGUAGGUGGGUUAGAAAAUAAAAUCAAUUCUGAAUUUAGGCUGUAGCACAAUGUGGAAUAAGUCAAGGGGUAUGAAUACUUUCUGAAGUCACUGUAUGUCUCUUUUUUGUGUGUGGGAAUACUUAGGAACAGAUAUCCUAAAUUAAACUCAUUUUUGGCUGAAUUCCUGAUGAUAUUAGUAUUUUACCCCCAAAAAUUAUCAAAUAAAUAAAUAGACUAAACUUUGGAGGGCCAAAUAAAUUUACUCCCAAGACGGUUUUGGCCCACGGGCCGCCUGUUGUCGACCCCUGGUCUAGGCCUAGAGAUCUGGGCUCGAAUCCACAUACAGUUGAAGUAGGAAGUUUACGUACACCUUAGUCAAAUACAUUUAAACUCAGUUUUUCACAAUUCCUGACAUUUAAUCAGAGUAAAAAUUCCCUGUCUUAGGUCAGUUAGGAUCACAACUUUAUUUUAAGAAUGUGAAAUGUCAGAAUAAAUUAUAGUGAUUUAUUUAAGCUUUUAUUUCUUUCAUCACAUUCCCAGUGGGUCAGAAGUUUACAUACACUCAAUUAGUAUUUGGUAGCGUUGCCUUUAAAUUGUUUAACUUGGGUCAAACGGUUCGCGUAGCCUUCCACAAGCUUCCCACAAUAAGUUGAGUGAAUUUUGGCCCAUUCCUCCUGACAGAGCUGGUGUAACUGAGUCAGGUUUGUAGGCCUCCUUGCUCGCACACGCUAUUUCAGUUCUGCCCACAAAUGUUCUAUAGGAUUGAGGUCAGGGCUUUGUGAUGGCCACUCCAAUACCUUGACUUUUGCCAUUUUGCCACAACUUUGGAAGUAUGCUUGGGGUCAUUGUCCAUUUGGAAGACCCAUUUGUGACCAAGCUUUAACUUCAAUAUAUCCACAUAAUUUUCCUUCCUCAUGAUGCCAUCUAUUUUGUGAAGUGCACCAAUCCCUCCUGCAGCCAAGUACCUCCACAGCAUGAUGCUGCCACCCCCAUGCUUCACGGUUGGGAGGGUGUUCUUCGGCUUGCAAGCCACCCCCUUUUUCCUCCAAACAUAACGAUGGUCAUUAUGGCCAAACAGUUCUAUUUUUGUUUCAUCAGACCAGAGGACAUUUCUCCAAAAAGUAUGAUCUUUGUCCCCAUGUGCAGUUGCAAACCGUAGUCUGGCUUUUUUAUGGCGGUUUUGGAGCAGUGGCUUCUUCCUUGCUGAGCGGCCUUUCAGGUAAUGUCGAUAUAGGACUCGUUUUAUUAUGGAUAUAGAUACUUUUGUACCUGUUUCCUCCAGCAUCUUCACAAGGUCCUUUGCUGUUGUUCUGGGAUUGAUUUGCACUUUUCGCACCAAAGUACGUUAAUCUCUAGGAGACAGAACGCGUCUCCUUCCUGAGCGGUAUGACGGCUGCAUGGUCCCAUGGUGUUUAUACUUGCGUACUAUUGUUUGUACAGAUGAAUGUGGUACCUUCAGGCGUUUGGAAAUUGCUCCCAAGGAUGAACCAGACUUGGCUGAUUUCUUUUGAUUUUCCCAUGAUGUCAAGCAAAGAGGCACUGAAUUUGAAGGUAGGCCUUGAAAUACAUCCACAGGUACACCUCCAAUUGACUCAAAUUAUGUAAAUUAGCCUAUCAGAAGCUUCUAAAGCCAUUACAUCAUUUUCUGGAAUUUUCCAAGCUGUUUAAAGGCACAGUCAACUUAGUGUAUGUAAACUUCUGACCCACUGGAAUUGUGAUACAGUGAAUUAUAAGUGAAAUAAUCUGUCUGUAAACAAUUGUUGGGAAAAUUACUUGUGUCAUGCACAAAGUAGAUGUCCUAACCGACUUGCCAAAACUAUAGUUUGUUAACAAUACAUUUGUGGAGUGGUUGAAAAACGAGUUUUAAUGACUCCAACCUAAGUGUAUGUAAACUUCCGACUUCAACUGUACAUAGCAUCUCAGAGUGCUGAUCUAGGAUCAGGUACUCAACUGUCCAUAUAAUCAUAUUAAUUUUGAUCUAAAAGGCUAAACUGAUCUUAGAUCAGCGCUCCUACUGUGGAUACCGGCCCUGAUUAUGAAAUUGUAAUGGUCCGAUAACAGCUCUUUUAUGGCUAUGUGCUUUAGGUUUUGUGUGUGGAUGGAUGGAUGUUUCACUUAGCUAUUCUGGGUGUUACUCAUGACCAUAUUUAUCUAUGGUCAUGACGACAGACGGCCACCUGUCACAGCUAGCACCAGUUGUUAGCACGGUUGGUUAGCGCUAGCUUUGAUCAGUGGGACAAUAGCAGAUGCUUGUGAGGGCGUAAGGGAGGGGGGGUGUAUGUGGGAAUGGCAGAGUGAUCACAGAUUACAUCUUAAUUUCCCCGCUACCAGCUACCAGGGUGCCUACAUGGAUAGGUAUGGCCUGGGCUGACUUGGCUCUGUGGUCCCACAAGUAUUAGGUGCUGGAGUGUUGUUGUGUUCCAGCACAGAUCUGAGCCAUUGUCACCACCAGUCAAUCUGAGACUGAUUUGACACAGAAGCCUAUUUGUUUUAGUCACACAAUUUUUUAUAGUAGGCACUGAAGGCCCUUUAAAGCGAUAGUUUACCUAAAUUACAUUUUAGUCAUUUAGCAGACACUCUUAUCCAGAGCGACUUACAUUUAGUGAGUGCAUACAUUAUUUUUUUUAUUUUUCAUACUGGCCCCCCAUGGGAACUGAGCUAUAUCCCUGCUGGCCAUUCCCUCCCCUACCCUGGACGACGCUGGGCCAAUUGUGCGCCGCCCCAUGGGUCUCCUGGUCGCGGCUGGCUACGACAGAGCCUGGAUUCGAACCAGGAUCUCUAGUGGCACAGUGCCUUAGACCACUGCGCCACUCGGGAGAGUAGUUACAAAUGUAACCCAUUUUAUGAAUAGAAAAUGUCCUAAUGACCCGUAGAGGGAGCGACCUAAGAUAAGUAUUUUUAUUUUUUUGUUGUCGGUCAUUUCCAUGUAAAAGGACCCAUGAGCAUCAACGUGAAGUUAAUAGGACUAUGUCAAAUUGGGUGUCAAAUGACAUUUAAGAGUCAAUAUUCAUAUUAUAAAAGAUUAGAAAACAUCUACCAGAAAAAGUCUUAAAAGGUUUUAGAAAUAUGUCAAAACACAAUAAUGUUGAGAUGAAGACCCCUGCCAACUAAUAUCAACACUUAAAACCCACAUCUUUUAGAUAUUUUCUAAUUUCUCUCCCUCAUGAGGGAGGAUAAUGAAAGUUCACAGAAGUAACAAGUAAAGGUAGACCUACCAAUUAGUUAGUGUUUUUACUAAUAUUAAUUUUGUUUAUGAAUUAUUAAGUGAUUACAACUCAAACUUCUGUUACCAAAUCGGUAACAGAAUUUCAGAAAAAUUGGUAACGGAAUUUCUGUAAUUCAAUUGGCUACAAGGGGAAAUUAAAGUCACAAACCACAGUUGGGUCACCUGCUACUGUCUUCCCUUCCGCUGGCAGACUGUUAUGUUCACCUCAUAACUGUUUUCUGUCUCUUUCUGUCAUCUGGUGGUCUCCUCACUCACUGAGCACAAGACGUCCAUGGACGUUGACAUUUUGUCAUUCCGCCCUGGCUUUGAUUUCAACGUCCACAGAUGUCUGGACCGGCCUUCAUUUGGCCUAAACAUAGAUGUCCAUGAUUGGUUCAGAUUUGGACAGCACAGUACAGUAGACAAAAAAAAGUAGAGUACAGUACACAGAGCACACUAGAGUUGAGUACAGUAUAAUGUACUAACUAUACUCUACUUGACUAUACUGUACUGAACUCUACAGUUCUGUGCUAUACUGUACUCUACUGAGCUCUACUUUGAUGUCCAAACUUGUGAAAUAUAGACGUCUAUGAUUGGGCGGCAGUUAGCCUAGCGGUUAGAGCUUUGGGCCAGUAACUGAAAGGUUGCUGGUUUCAAUCCCAGAGCCGACAAGGCUCGGUUGAUGUGCCCUUCAGCAAGGCACUUAACUCUAAUUGCUCCUGUAAGUCGCUCUGAAUAAGAGCGUCUACUAAAUGACAAAAAAAUUAAUUUAAAAAAUUGGUUCAGAUUUGGUCCAAUUCGGACCAACCAAAUUUGGUCUUGUUUGGUGGCGGAGCUCAUUAAAAUAGCCAGUGUGUAUAAUAAUACCCAAACGUGGUCACAUAAACUGAGGGAGAUUUUACCAAAAUUCUGUUACCAAAAUUUGCAUCUGCACAGUUCUUCCAGUAAAACUUUGAAAUCAAUGGUUUUUGUUUAGCAUACAUUUUAAGGGAAAAAUCGUAUUCUUGCUAACAAAAUAUAUGCUAUAAUAUGGUGAACUAACCCUUUUAACUCUUCCUCUUCUUCUGGGCAGAGCGGGCCAUCGCCAGGCACGAGGUGCAUGAGAUCGAGGAGAGGCACACGCAGGACGGCCUGCGGGAGCGGGAGGCCCCCUCGGCGGCCGACAGUGAGGACGUGGUGGUCAUCUACAACCGGGUGCCCAAGACAGCCAGCACCUCCUUCACCAACAUCGCCUACGACCUGUGUGGCAAGAACCACUACCACGUGCUGCACAUCAACACCACCAAGAACAACCCAGUCAUGUCCAUGCAGGACCAGGUGAGAGAGUGAGGCCAGAGGUCAAGGGUUAACGUCCCUCCAUAUUUAGCUGAUUAUAGAAAAUAUUGCACACAGUGGAUGCUGAUGGAGGGAGAGAUCAGAGGAUUAGCUCUUUGUAAUGGCUGGAAUGGAAUGAAUAUAAAGGCACCGCACACAUGGUUUCUUCCAUGAUUCAUUCUAUUCUGCCAGAAUUAUAAUUUAGCAAUGUUUUGACCUCUGUGGAAGAGGGCGAGAGACAUAUAGAGAGAGUCACUCUGUCUCUCUCCCUCUUCCACAAAGGUCAAAACAUUGCUAAAUUAAAAUUCUGGCAGCAUGUAAACAGUGGGCGAUGAGUGGCAGUUGGUGUCACUUUAGAUCGGUGGAAGCGAGGGAAUUGGAGAUGGCAAGUGGGAGGGUGAGAUUGAAGAGUGGAUUGCAGAUGCACAUGUCAUGUAUUAAUUGUCAUUGUCUACCUGCUCAGGUGCGGUUUGUGAAGAAUGUGACAGAGUGGAGGGAGAUGAAGCCGGCGUUCUACCACGGACACGUCUCCUUCCUGGACUUUACAAAGUUAGAACCCCUCACUACUGCACACAUCCUACCAGAUAGACUUUUGUUGCUGUCUCCCCCUUGUGGUCUUAUAGAAUACUACAUCAAUACAAAUUCAGAACGUCACAGAUAGAUUGCAAUUCUAUAGAAGGGAUAUGGCUUUAAAUCAUGGGAAAAGGGGUGUCAUCAUGGCAAGUUGAAGCAACACUGUCCUAUUGAACAGGGCCUAGAUUUACAACUUGUGAUGUGUAUUCAUAGGUCAUCUUAGAUAUGUCAUUAUAGCAUCUCUAUGCUAUAUGUAAGUCCUUAUACAAUACAUUCUAACACUAUCUCUCUCCUAUUGAACAUGCCUCUGAUUUUAACAUAUUGUGUAUUCCUAGGUCAUCUUAGAUAAUAUCUGUGUAAUAUACGGGUCGGGUAGGACAUCCAUUAUACAAUUUAUUCUAACACUAUCUCUCUGUUUUGACCCAGGUUUGGAGUAAAGAAGAAGCCCAUCUAUAUCAAUGUUAUCCGAGAUCCCAUCGAGCGCCUGGUGUCCUACUACUACUUCCUGCGUUUUGGGGAUGACUACCGGCCCGGACUGCGACGCCGGAAACAGGGGGAUAAGAAGGUCAGUCCCACAAUCCUCUGCAUUGUUUUGUACCAACUAGUGUAUUAGUGAUUAGCUAACACUAUGAAAUAUUGUUGAUUUGUAAAUAAAAAGGGCAUUGCUGCCUACACUAAAGCUACAAUUUGGGAUUCUUUUUCCCCCCAGCAAACUAAUGCAGAUUCCCAGAUCCUAGAUUGUAACUUUAUAUCUGGAAUCCUUAAUGGUGAAACUUCCAUGUCUGUUUGGGAUAUUACAACAACAAAGAAGUUACUGCAAACAACGAAGACUGUUUUUCCCCCUUGGACAUCAUUGCAUGCGCGAUAGAACAGCAGAAUAUGUACUGCCAUUUUUUAAAACUUACUGCUCAAUACACCUCACUUCCGUUUCGUCCACAAAACAAAAACAAUAACAAAGGUGCUGGGGCGGACAGUGGCACUGUUUCCUCUAAUGCAGAUUCCAUCUUUAAGGUUCCACUUAGGACAGAAUUAUUCUAUUUUAUUUAUUAGCAGUAAUAUAUACAAUGUAUUUGAACAGUAAAACAUGCUUCCAUAGGUAAUGCUAUCUUAGAUUUUUUGUGGAUGUGUUUCAGACCUUUGAUGAGUGUGUGUCGGCGGGAGGCUCAGACUGCGCCCCAGAAAAGCUGUGGCUGCAGAUCCCCUUUUUCUGUGGUCACUACUCCGAAUGCUGGUAUGUACCCCUCCUUACGUGACAUCAAUACCCUGCAUUCUUAACCUAUAACCCCAUUACACAUUUCUUAAUGGGCUGGUAUAUGGACAGUUGAACACAAAACGUGAACCCCUUUAACAUCCAUUUAACUUACCUCCAUUACACAUACUAUUGCAUGCCUUUCUUUUCUAGAGGCCUUGAUUAGCUUUUUCUCUCUUGUGAUCUGUAUCAUCCACCCCACCCUCUCUUUCUGCUCCUAUCUCAACUGACGAGAAUGCGAGACUAGCCUAUUUGCUUGAAUGUAACACAGUUUAUUGAUUUGUAUUUGUUUACCGUACUUGUACUGUAUACUGCAAUUCAGCUCGGAGCUGCCAAUGUAUCCAACGUGAAAUCAUUCUAUACAUAUACUACCAGUCAAAGGUUUGCACACACCUACUCAUUCAAGGGUUUUUCUUUAUUUUUACUAUUUUUUACAUUGUAGAAUAAUAGUGAAGACAUCAAAACUAUGAAAUAACACAUAUGGAAUCAUGUAGUAACCAAAAAAGUGUUAAACAAAUCAAAUAUAUUUUAUGUUUGACAUUCUUCAAAUAGCCACCCUUUGCCUUGAUGACAGCUUUGCACACUCUUGGCAUUCUCUCAACCAGCUUCAUGAGGUAGUCACCUGGAAUGCAUUUCAAAUCAACAGGUGUGCCUUGUUAAAAGUUAAUUUGUGGAAUUUAUUUCCUUCUUAAUGUGUUUGAGCCAAUUGGUUGUGUUGUGACAAGGUAGGGGGGGUAUACAGAAGAUAGCCCUGUUUGGUAAAAGACCAAGUCCAUAUUAUGGCAAGAACAGCUCAAAUAAGCAAAGAGAAACGACGGUACAUCAUUACUUUAAGACAUGAAGGUCAGUCAAUAUGGAAAAUGUCAAGAACUUUUAAAGUUUCUUCAAGUGCAGUCACAAAAACCAUCAAGCGCUAUGAUGAAACUGGCUCUCAUGAGGACCACCAGAGGAAUGGAAGACCCAGAGUUACCUCUGCUGCAGAGGAUAAGUUCAUUAGAGUUACCAGCCUCAGAAAUUGCAGCCCAAAUAAUUGCUUCACAGAGUUCAAGUCACAGACACAUCUCAACAUCAACUGUUCAGAGGGGACUGUGUGAAUCAGGCCUUCAUGGUCAAAUUGCUGCAAAGAAACCACUUCUAAAGGACACCAAUAAGAAGAAGAGACCUGCUUGGGCCAAGAAACACGAGCAAUGGACAUUAGACCGGUGGAAAUGUGUCCUUUUGGUCUGGAGUCCAACCGCGGUGUCUUUGUGAGACGCGGUGUGGGUGAACGGAUGAUCUCCGCAUGUGUAUUUCCCACCGUAAAGCAUGUAGGAGGAGGUGUUAUGGUGUGGGGGUGCUUUGCUGGUGAUACUGUCUGUGAUUUAUUUAGAAUUCAAGGCACACUUAACCAGCAUGGCUACCACAGCAUUCUGCAGCGAUACGCCAUCCCAUCUGGUUUGGGCUUAGUGGGACUAUCAUUUGUUUUUCAACAGGACAAUGACCCAACACACCUCCAGGCUGUGUAAGGGCUAUUUUACCAAGAAGGAGAGUGAUGGAGUGCUGCAUCAGAUGACCUGGCCUCCACAAUCCCCUGACCUCAACCCAAUUGAGAGGGUUUGGGAUGAGUCAGACGGUAGAGUGAAGGAAAAGCAGCCAACAAGUGCUCAGCAUAUGUGGGAACUCCUUCAAGACUGUUGGAAAAGCAUUCCAGGUGAAGCUGGUUGAGAGAAUGCCAAGAGUGUGCAAAGCUGUCAUCAAGGCAAAGGGUGGCUAUUUGAAGAAUCUCAAAUAGAAAAUAUAUUUUGAUUUGUUUAACACUUUUUUGGUUACUAACUUACAUGAUUCCAUAUGUGUUAUUUCAUAGUUUUGAUGUCUUCACUAUUAUUCUACAAUGUAGAAAAUAGUAAAAAUAAAGAAAAACCCUUGAAUGAGUAGGUGUGUCCAAACUUUUGACUGGUACUGUAAAUCUAAACAUCUGAUGUACAGCUGAUGUAAAAAGGGUUUUAUAAAUACAUUUGAUUGAUUGAAUGUUUAUCUCUCCCCCAUAGGAAUGUUGGCAGCCACUGGGCCCUGGAGCAGGCCAAGUAUAACCUGGUCAAUGAGUACCUGCUGGUAGGGUUGACUGAGGAGCUGGAGGACUUUGUAAUGAUGCUGGAGGCGGCACUUCCGCGCUUUUUCAGGGGCGCCACUGAGCUCUACAAAACAGGUACGCUACCAUGCCUACUGCGACUACGUUUUAGAUUAUUACUUCCAAGGUGAAACUGAUUUGUCUUUUUAAAGCUUUUUUUUAUUUUAGUGUCAGCCUACUCACAUGCCUCAAAAUAGAUAAAAAAUGUAUUUUCAGUCAAUCGUAUGUAGAAUGAUGAUGUACCUAUUUUUGAAUGUGUUGAAGCAUGUACAGUAGAUGUACCGUUAUCACAGGAGAUGUUCACGUUACUGCUCUUUGAGAGACCAAUUCUCACUUUUUUCACAGCUCUAACAACGUGCACGUACCUCUUCAUUAUAUUUGACAAUUUCUACAUACCAUCUUUAACUAAAAACAAAAAUACAAGUGCGACUUAAUACAAGUGCGACUUAGAUUGGUACUGAUGUGCUAUGCCCCUUUCCCAACAGGGAAGAAAUCCCACCUGAGGAAGACAAGCGAAAAGAAGCCGCCUACCAAGGAAUCCAGCACCAAGCUGCAGCAGUCGGCCAUCUGGAAGAUGGAGAACGAGUUCUACGAGUUUGCCCUGGAGCAGUUCCAGUUUGUCCGGGCUCACGCAGUCCGGGAGAAGGACGGGGAACUCUACCUGCUGGCUCAGAACUUCUUCUAUGAGAAGAUCUACCCCAAAACUAACUAGCACACAUGAAAGAUGGACCAUUCAUCUAGGCUUCAUGCCAUAGUCACACACACUGGGGAGAGGACAGAGGAGAGGAGGAGGAAAACUAAGAUCAUCUGUGGAACUGUGUCUGUUGGACGUUGUAAGUCAGCAGUUUCUGAAUGUCGCCUGCUUCACUGACUCCGACUCCUCCGUCUCCAUAGUAGCCGACAGAACCAGGAAGCUGCCUCUUCCUGAUGCAAGAGUGCCAAUAGGUCAAGUUCCCACCAGCAUCCAAGUUCCAGGACUCCCUUUCUCUUUCCAGGUGAAAGUUCACAGGAGUGGUUUGCUCAACGGACACAUGGCAGGAGACGAGUCUACUUGGCAUCUGGCCAUGUCCUUUUACUUCUGGUCACAUGAUUUGUAUUUUCCGUCCAGAGGGAAGGUUUUUAUUGGCAGUGUUCUUUUUGGUUGCAUUUUAUUUGUAUUUUCAUUCUACUUUACUAUCAUCGUCUAUGGGAAACAUUGUCGUCCCACUUUUUAUGUGUUCAAAUUAUGUAACCGUCUAAACUUAAAAGCUGACUACAAUGUUAUCUUGGAGUUUACCUAUAUGAACUGAAGACGUUUUUUUACUAAAUCUAAAUCCUGUGGCCUCCAUAAACUUGGGUAAACAGAUACACUCUUUUCACAACUGUGGUAAUACUAUUGUGUGUUUUAUACUGUACUUAUUUAGUUGUUUUCAGACUAUUUGACCCAGUUGGAUUAUUGCUAGGUGGAAUGUGAAGUGUUUACACAUGAUGUAAUUAAACUAUGGAAGAAGACAAUUCAGCUGCUGUACAUAUUACUAAUUUCAAUACAUCUGGAUCAAACGGUUAUUUUAUUUCAAGAGGACUUGCUUUGAUUUCAGCUUUGGUAUAACACAUUUAGUUAAUGAGCCAUUUGUACAUUUUUCUCUCAGCUUUUGUUAUUUUCUCUAGAUUGGCGAGAGACCAUUUCAUUUUAGUGCUUUUAUUUUCAAUCUGUCAUAUGUUUGCUAUCAUUGGGCCACUAUUGAACCCAAAGUGCCCACAAAUCCAUUGUUUUGCUGCUGUAAACUCAUGAACUUGUUGCAUUUCUCCAAACAAAGGGUGAAGUUGACCGUUGUUAUUUAUGACAGAUUUUUUUUUAUCCCUGAUUAUUUCAAUUUCUUUAUAUUCCCCUUAGGAUCAUAAAUUGCAAUCCAUUUUCAUUUAUUUUUCUAUGGUUAUCAUGUAAGACUAACCUAACCUAACCUAACCCAUGCGUGCACCGUUAACUGCUGGUGCUGCUAAUGCCAGUUCCUGUUCUUCUAUUGAAGGCCUACUAAUACAGACACUGAUCAGAUCAUCUCUGUAACUCAGCCGGAGCACUAGAACAGCCUACAAAAGUGUUGUGAAGCAGUGACAUUCCCAAUUUAUCAAGCCCUAGCCCAGACUUUGAGACAGCAGAAGUACGAAAAAGCAAAGCGAAUGUAUUUUCUCCCACAGUGGAUUAUAAAAGAGAGAUUGAAUCUCUGAGGUAAAUUGUGAUGUUGGGAAGGGAUGGUAGGCAGGCAGUAACUAAACAUUGCUUGUGUUCUCAUGUUAUUAAAGGGGCUCUUCACCAUGUGACAACAUCAGGAGUAAUUUUCUUAGUCAUCUUUUUGUAGAAACAUACUGAUUUCACAGACACUGGUAUGGUGAUGGAGAACUCUGGAUAAAAGCAUCUGCCAAAUGGCAUAUAUACUGUAUAAUGAAUGUGAGGUUAAAUUGGUGAAGUGCCCCUUUAAGGUCUAUGUUAUAAAGAGAGGCUACUCCUGUGGUUUUGGUUACUCAGCAUAUUGUACCUUCCUCCCUAACCAACCAAAAUCACUGCAAAGACAAGCUUGCGCGCUCUCUCUCUUUCUGUGUUGCAGUAGUAUCUGCUGGAAUGUCAACCUCACCAUGUUUUUGUUAUAAUUUUGUCAUUCCCAUGUUUUUAUUGCCAUAUAAAAAAAAUGAAAUGCCCAUUACUG